GGAUGGUGAGUCGGGGAUAAACACUCCGCGGCGGUGGCGGCUGCUGCUCUUCUCCAGGUUCUGUCACGGCGUAGGCGGUGCCUAGAUCACCGGCCUCCUCCCCCUUCUGGCCAGCGUGGUCUCCAGAGAAGCUCUCUCAAGCCUGCUCCGCGGGGUCCACGGCGGGGUGCGGGUGUCCGGGAGAGGCAGCGAGCCCGUGGGCAGUGGGGGUUGGUCCCGUGGCUCCGGCCCCCGGUGCAGAAUGGCGGCGGCGGUUCGGAUGAACAUCCAGAUGCUUCUGGAGGCGGCUGACUACCUGGAGCGACGGGAGAGAGAAGCUGAACAUGGUUAUGCCUCCAUGUUACCUUACAAUAACAAGGACAGAGAUGCCUUAAAACGGAGGAACAAAUCGAAGAAGAAUAGCAGCAGCAGCAGAUCAACUCACAAUGAAAUGGAGAAGAAUAGGCGGGCCCAUCUUCGCUUGUGUCUGGAGAAGUUGAAGGGGCUGGUGCCCCUUGGGCCCGAGUCAAACCGGCACACUACAUUGAGUUUACUAACAAAAGCCAAAUUGCACAUAAAGAAACUUGAAGAUUGUGACAGAAAAGCCAUUCACCAAAUAGAUCAGCUUCAACGAGAGCAGCGGCACCUGAAGAGGCAGUUGGAGAAGCUGGGCAUUGAGAGGAUACGGAUGGACAGCAUUGGCUCCACAGUCUCCUCUGAGCGCUCGGACUCCGACAGGGAAGAAAUUGAUGUUGACGUUGAAAGCACAGACUAUCUCACCGGGGAUCUGGACUGGAGCAGCAGUAGCGUGAGCGAUUCUGACGAGCGGGGGAGCAUGCAGAGUCUCGGCAGUGAUGAGGGCUACUCCAGCUCCAGCAUCAAGAGGAUAAAACUGCAGGACAAUCACAACACCUGUCUCGGUCUAUAAGACAGUGGUUGCCUUGGCUGCUUCCUGGAUGGUUCUCCCUGUCGGAUCUGAUUAGGUAGUGUAUUGGACCUGCCCACAACUCCCUUGCACGUAAACAUCAGUGUACCACCUUUAUCAGCUUUGUAAGUUUGGGGAAGUGCUCAGAAUUGUGGGUUUCUGAACGCACCCAUUAGCUUCUCUCUCCGUGAAAAUUUGUCUCUGAGAGACUGUACAUUCCAAUCAAUUUGAAGCACCUAAGAAUUCUUAGACCAAUAAGCAACUUUCACAACUCAGCAAUCCCUCUGCCCCUUCUUUAUUCCCCCAGGCCUUUCAUAAAGCUUUCUGGCUUACUGUGUUACUUACCUAGUGGAAAUGUACGAAUGUGUAUAUACUUAGGAAACUGAAGGAAACAAACUUUUAAAGUUGAGAUCCUGAUCUCAGAACUCCAAAGUAAGCUUUGAAAGUGGCAUUGAAGAGCACUUACCCAUGGACCUUACCCCGUGAGGAGUCAGGAAUACCUCCAGAAAACAUGCUCCUCACCUGUGCUAACUCCCCAGCCCACAUGUGGAUGGGCACAGUGUUUCUCAUUUAAAAACGAACACCUUGAUAGCGUGUCUUUGGGGUUUCACAGUUUAUCAAAGUUCCAACCUUGUUUGUUCUCACAAACAAAGCGGUACAAUCUUUUUUUUUUUUUUUUUUUUUUGCAACAUAUUUAGGACCGAGUUAUAUACUACUAUUCCAAGGCACAGUUUCCCUUUCAAAGUUUGUUAUGCUACUUGUCUCUGGAACAUUUUUUUUCCCUACCUCAGAGAUAAAUGAGAUCUCCAUUUCCCACUAACACAAAGUGAUUAUGCCUCUUUUUUUUUUUUUCCAGAAUAAGUGACAUUUGGUCCAAUUCUAAUCUAUUUUCCUAUGUAACUUUCAGCAAUAACUGAGCUUUGACACUAGUUGAGCUAGUGUUCAUCAUCAGUGAGAGGAAAAGCCCAUAUCUCUGCUCUACUGCAGGUGGACAGGAGGGGAUGGCACAGUGUUACUAAAACUCCUCUCCUUUUUGGACUCACCCAGAAACUUCUUUAUGGAGGCUUUCGGGUUGAUAGUUUAAAAGGCUGAUUUUUCUUUUUGCUUAUGAUUUCUCCCUUAAGUGGUCUCCCACUUUGUAGCAUUUUUAUUUAAGCUAAAACAGAGCACAUGUAUAUGUACAUAAGACACAUUAAAUCUAUAAAUACUAUUUAUUCAUUUUAUAUAAACUAAUGUAAUGGAAAGUAAAUUCUUAUGACUUUGUGCUUUUAUAGAUGUUCUAGAAACUUUGUAUGUAGGAAUAUACAAAAUUGGUUCAUUUCCCUUUAAUAUUUUUGCAUUCAUAUUUUUGAGGUCUUGAUUAUUUUCAGCCUCUGGCAGAAUUUUUUUAUCAUAGAAUUUGAACCAUUUGUAAAAAACCUGUGACACUGAAAACAGUUAUGUGUCACAAGUGAUGAGAACAUUCCUAAAAUCCACAGACGCACUGCAACCUAAGGGCUCAACAGCUGAACCACUAGCUGGUGGGACGGCCGCCCAGUGCGCCCUGCCCACCUGUGGCUGCCAGCUCUUCACAGCCUCACCCCUCCUCCAGUGCCUCCACCUUCCACACUAGAAUUAAAAAUCCAAAUGCAUUCUAACUGAAAGCUCAUGCUAUACAUCAAGAGUAAGUCUAGUCAAAAAGCAAGAUCACUUUUUUUUUUGGGGGGUGGUGGUAAUGAUUUCUUAAUGUACUAAAAAAAUUAAUUGGAAGUUUAGUAGAUUCCUAAGUGAUUCCAAAGUCAUCUGUAAUCCUUCUGUUUUCGUUUUGUUCUGUUUUUCCUUCAUUUCAGCUUUGGGUGGGGGGAGGAGCAGGCAACACAAAGGAUUUUUUUUUUUUAACUGUUGGAAUCCUUUCCAAUUACCAGCUGAAGAUUUGCACUGAAAUACAACUUGUAUGCCUUUUGCAUUUUUAAAGCUGGCUUCCUUCCUGAAUUUAAGCAGAAUGAUAGUAUUCAAAGAGCCAGCUCAGCUUGUAACAUGUUUGAAAAAGAUAUAUCUGCACUUUGAGGUCCCUUUCCUAUUGCUAUUCUCACUAGACCUCACGAACAUUUUGUUUUAUUGCAACUUUCAAGCGCCUCACAAGUCCACAUUGCUGGAUCGCAUCAGAAAUGCAAAACUUUGGGAAGAGCUUGUGGACUUGCUCUGGGGGAGGGAACAACAUUGUGUCUGCUUGUUUAAUUUAGGAAUACAGCAUCUCAGAGAUGUUAUUUUCUGUGUUUUAAUUGUUGUGCCUUUGAGUUAAACUACAUUGUUGUCUUUUGGUUGAAAUAUGAAAUGUACUGUCCCAAUAUAAAACAGUAAUUAUUUGACCUUU